UGGGUUUCACGUCAAAGGACAUAAACAUUAAUAUGCAGCAACUUGUCCCUUCAGGUGGAUGUGGGGAAGAGCUGCAGGGGCCACAGUGUCUUGGGACACGCUGUGUCCUCUUGUGGUUGGUCUCAGAACUCUGGCUUUUCUAGAAAGAUCAAAAUGAGUGCCAGUGUGGAUGAAGAGGAAAUCUAUAGCGAUGUGAAGGAUGACCAGAUGUCUUGCAAUAGUAUAGAAAAUAUUUAUGUAAACAAAGCUGUGUGUGACGCUGUAAAGUUCAACAAACCUGGAGCCCCAAUCUCAGAUCUGGAGGGAAGUAACACUGUUAAGAAGCGUACCUGCAUAGCUACAGCACUGAUCCUGGGUCUGCUGUGUCUGCUCCUUCUGGCCGGACUCUUGAUUCUGCUUGUCCUGUACACCAAAGGCUCAGACUGGGAAAUGAAAAAGAGUUACAACAAUCAGAAAGAAGCAAAUCAGUUUCAAACAAAACUUCAAGCUCUCAAUUGGACGUAUUUUGCUGGUCGUCGUUAUUACAUUUCAUCAACGGUUAAAACCUGGCAGGACAGCAGAACUUACUGCCAGCGGUUUGGGACAGACCUGGUGAUUGUCAACAGCCUUGAAGAGCAGAAUUUCAUGCAAGCUUCGAAAUUACAAGCCUGGAUUGGAAUGACAGACCUACAGACAAAGUUGGCAUGGAAGUGGGUGAAUGGGACUCUGCUGGGGAGCCUAAGUUACUGGGCAGCACGUGAGCCAAAUAAUGCAAGUGGAGCUGAAGACUGUGUAGAAUUAGUUUUUAAUGGAGAAUACUGGAAUGAUGCACAAUGUAACAACACGGAUUACUGGAUCGGUGAAUGGGUGGGUGAGUGAGUGAGUGAGUGAGUGAGUGAGUGAGUGAGUGAGAAAAGCCCAAUUUUCAGUAACCUGACCCAGAGAACUGUCCGAACUGUCUUAACUCACUACACCAAGCAAAAAUGCAUAUUCUAUAUUCUAUACAGUAUCUGCAAUAACUGGUUAAAACUAGUUGGUGUCCAGCCUUAUGGUUGAAGUUGCAUAUAAUGUAUUUUGGGUCGGUAUGUGACACUGGUAACAUAGACAAGUUAAAAAUUCCUGGAGGAUGUUAAAGACAGGAAAAAGAAACCCCUGAUUUACACUGAAAUAAAGUGGGUGCGUUGACGUACAAGAUGUGGGCCACACAAAAUGAAAAGCAGGUUCCUCAUUCAAACACAUUAGCAUUAGAAUAGAACUUUUUUUGUACAGGUACAAUGAAGUUAUGGGUUCACCCAGCAGCAGUUCACAGUAAGAGAAUGAAAGCUCUAUAUAUAAAAUACCAAAUAGAUAGUAGUUAUGAGUUCCAUUAACUGUUUAACAGCCUUUAAGCAGCCCUCAGUCUUUUUGCAUUAGUAGUAUUGCUACAGUUCACAGUGUACCAUUGAAUCUGACUACGCAGAAGGUGGUAAAAGGGUUUCAUUGCAUAAACAUAAAGUUUAGCAUAUAUUUUUUACAUACAGCCCAUAAUUAUUUAUAGUCCUGGUAAAUUCUGAUUGAAAUAUAUUUUCAUUUCAAUUGCAAGUGUAAUACUUUUUUUCACAAUGAUGCCUCUUGUACAUCGUCUUAAUAUCUUUUGGGAGAAGCUAGUGUCAUUCUGUGUCUAAAAACUCUUUGUUCUCUGGUUGAAUGAAAGUAACUUCAAGUCAGCAGCUCAUACAGACUGAUAGUUGUGCAUUUUCUGAUGUUAUUUACAGUCCUACUUUGUGUCACCCUGUGUCUGUGCCUUCUUUCCUAUAGUCUAUAGUUUUAUUCCAUUACAAGUGCUGUACAUACAUGGCAACAAACGUUAUCUCCUACGUUAUGACCCAUGCCCUGGGGGAGCAGUGAGCUUCAGCAUUGCUUAGGGAGCUAGUAUGAAGUGCCUUGCUCAGGGACACACCUGCCAGAUCACACUGGAGACCUUAUGCUUCCUGGGCAGAUGUAAGGCAGAUGUAAGUUUGUGGACCUGUUUUCUCAGCCUGACCAGACUCUGUUUUCUACAGGAACUAGUGUAGAUUGUUGGCCUCAUUUCCCAGUGUGCUCUGUGUGAGCAAAUUCAAACAUCUAUUUUAUGGCUUUUUAGCUUGCUUAUAUAUGACAUAUAAACAAUAUAUACAAUAAAUAAUAAUAGCUUUAAAUGGACAUAGUCAAUUUGAAAAGUUUAAGUGUGAGAAUUAUUAAACAUAGUCACACACUGGUAAACAUGACCCACAAACAAGAAUGUGUGAACUGAAAUGAUUUAAUGUCAACACAAACAGGUGAGUAACAUCAACUAAAAACCACUGCUAACGCAGGCUGAAAGGGAAGGUAACUAAAAACCAAAUGCUUAACAAACACAAACCGUGAGACACAGAACAAACACAUCUUGACACAGAAUAACAGGAACCACGAUGGACAGCAGAACUUGAAAGAUGAACCGACAAGGACUGGGCACAAACUAGAACCUUAAAUACUCACGCUACAGGUUAAACCAAUUACAAUCGGGACAAAACAGGAACUAAACAACUUACACAGCAAUGUUUAUCAUUUUUUUUAGUCUGUCCUAUUUUUCAUUGUAAUAUACAAAAUCGUUCUGACCAGACCAGACCAGACCAGACCAGAAGCUGGUACUGAUUUCCACACAGCUUGACAUGCAGUGGAACAUUUGUCUGAAAGUUUUUAUUCCUUUAUAAAGACUGCACUUGACAUUCAAUUCAGUUCAGUUUUAUUUGUUAGGGCCAAAUCAUAAGAACGUUAUCUCAAGGCAAUUUACAAACCCUAAUAUCAUAAUUAUAACCAGUUCAGGUCUUGGUCUUUCUGUUCAGUCUUAAAAAGGGUGUUAUUAGAAAGUGUGAACAUAAAACACAUGACUAUUAAGAGGAAACUGAGGUAGGGCAUACAGAUUAGAACACUUUAAACAUAGUGUGUCUUCAUCACUAUUGAAAAUGUUGUAAAAGUCAAGAAAAGUUUUGCCUCAAACUAAAAAACUGUAAUGGCUUAAUAAUCAUUGUCUGUGAUUUCCUCAUGAUGAUGAAAAGCCUGUACAUUAAGCCAUUAAAUGUGUACGUAAAUGUAAAGGAUCCACUGAUGACCAUAAUAAGGCAUUCGUGUGGGUGUAAUGAUGUGAGUUGGGUUUCACAUGAAGGACCAAAGACAUAAAUAAAGCAACUUGUACCUUCAGAAGCCUGAAAUGUGAAGGAGAACUGCAGAGCUGCCACAGUGUCUUGGGUCCCGCUGUGUCUUCGUUUCAUAACUCUAGCUUUUCUGUGAAUAAUUUGUUAUAGAAAUAGCAGAACAUUUCCAGAACAUAUCACUAGACAAAACAUUAUAUGCUUUAAAAAUAACCAUUAAAUCAUUCUUUUGUUUCUUAGCCUUCAGAAUAAAUUUUCUAAUUUAAUGCACAGAAGAAUGAUUGUAGCAACUGAUGAAGCUUAUUAUAGCAUGUAGUGCAAAUU